AAGCUGUAUCUGGUCCAGAGCCUGAGUAUAUAGUUUAGUCUUGCGCUGUGAGAGUGAGAGUAUGUCUGCUGCUGUGACUCUAGCGCUGCUGUUCUUCUUGUCUGUGGCACUGAACGAACAGGUGACCGAGGGCUGCACAUGUUUACCAAAACACCCUCAACAGCAGUUCUGCGCGUCUGAUAUAGUGAUUCGAGCUAAGGUCAUUGGAAAGGUGAACAGCACUCUCCCUCAAUUAACGGCAUACAAAAUCCAAACUAUUCAGACAUUUAAGCAAUUAGACAAGAAGAGAAUUCAGGUCAUCUACACUUCUCAAACUUCAUGUGGCAUCAAUCUGGAAAACGGCGAGUAUCUGCUGUCAGGUAAAAUAAUUUACUAUCUCAAGGCUGAGUUUGAGUUGAAACUGAACACCCUGAUUCCUGAUGCUGGUUGUUAACAUCAGUUGAGGCUG